AUGAAGCUUUUAAAACCCAGCUGGGUGAAUCAUGAUGACAAACCAAUAUUCUCGGUGGAUAUUCAUCCAACUGGGAAGCGGUUUGCUACUGGAGGGCAAGGCGGUGACUCCGGUAGAGUCGUUGUUUGGAACUUGAACUCUGUUUUAUAUGAAGAAGUCGAAGUGGAUCCAAAUAUUCCGAAAAUGCUAUGCCAAAUGGACAACCAUUUAGCUUGUGUAAAUUGUGUCCGAUGGAGUAAUGAUGGUCGCUAUUUGGCAUCGGGUGGUGAUGAUCGGCUUGUGAUGGUGUGGGCUCUGAGUGUGGCCACAUGUGCGGCCAGCAAACAUAAGACUGAGACAUGGCGCUGUGUAUCGACUUUAAGGGGACAUGCAGGUGAUAUUCUGGAUCUGGCAUGGUCACCGUCAGAUAAAUGGCUGGCAAGUUGUAGUGUAGACAAUUCCAUUAUUAUCUGGAACGCCGAGAAGUUUCCGGAAAUGGUCUGUGUGUUGAACGGACAUACAGGUCUUGUGAAAGGUGUUGCUUGGGAUCCAGUGGGGAAAUAUUUAGCAUCACAGUCAGAUGACAAAUCACUAAGAAUCUGGAAAACAGCUGAUUGGGCGAUGGAAAAAACAAUCACAGAUCCCUUUGAAGAAUGUGGAGGUACAACCCAUGUUCUUCGUCUGUCCUGGUCUCCUGAUGGCCAGUAUGUGUUGUCAGCUCACGCUAUGAACGGGGGCGGACCCACGGCCGGGGUAGUUGAGAGGCAGGGCUGGCUCUGUGAUAAAGACUUCGUGGGACAUCGGAAGGCUGUCACUUGUGUUCGCUUCAACAGUAACAUCUUCGUGAAGGAGGGCAAGAAGUGUUGUUGCGCGGCCGUGGGGUCCAGGGACCGCGCGCUGUCCAUCUGGCUCACGUCGCUCAAGAGGCCGCUGGUUGUUAUACACGAGCUGUUCGGGAACAGCGUGCUCGACCUCUCCUGGAGCUCCGACGGCCUCAAUCUACUAGCGUGCAGUUCAGACGGGACCGUCGCCUGCAUAAUGUUCACUAACAAGGAGAUCGGAACACCGCUCACAGUCGACGAGAAAAAUUCAUUCUACGAGAAGAUCUACGGCAAACGAUUGAUGAAUGACUCGGGCGGUGACUUGUCGUCAAAUCUAUUGGUAGAAUGUCCGGAGAUUAUACUCGCGCGAGAAAAGCAAGAAACGAAGAAGGAACCCGUCAAAGAAGAAACUACGCCCAAGACUUACAAGUUCCAGCCACAGCCCCAGCCCGUAUCCUCGUCCGCGCCGCCCAUGGACCGUCAGAUAGAGACUCGCACGUCUGACGGCAAGAGACGCAUCACGCCGGUCUUCAUACCGCUCACACCCGCCGACACCAAUGAGUCUCUAGGUUCCCAGCCGGCCACUGAGAAUUGUUUCAGUACAUCCUCACAGAACAAGUCGAGAAUAAGAGUGGAGAGACGAGACGACAUCGUCAUACAUCCUAACGUUAGCAACCACGCGACCACACCUAGCGCUGACACCGGUGUAGAUAAUCGCCUGCGCAAGCGCACGUCGCCCCCCCUGCCGGGACCGCGGCUGGAGCCCGUCCCUGCCAAGCGCGGGUGCCCGUCCCCCACGCCCCGCGCGCCCGCCGGCCCGCCGCCCCCCGCCCUCGGGGCCGCCGGGCCUGUGGUGCGGGCCGCGGGGGGGCUGAGGUUACAGGUUCUAAACAAGGCCUGCAGCACGUACUUCGGCACGUUGUCUCGUCUGGAGCUCAUACCCAACAACUCCGCCUCCAACGAUCCUAUAUGGGGACACGUACUUGGUCCAACUUGUUCCCCAGUGACGUGUAUCGCGUGUGACGCUCGCUGGGCGUGCGUGUCGUGUGCGGAUGGCUCGCUGCACGCAUGGCGCCUGUCACGGACGCACGCCACACGCGCGUUACCGCCCAUCGCCCUGUCGUCGCAGGCGUCCCGCCUGUGGUUGUCGGGCGACGUGUUGUCGGUGGUGACGUCAUCAGCCACGCUGGUCGUGUGGGACCUCUCGACCGCCUCCUGCCGCGUCACGCCGCUCUGCUUCAGAAACCUGCUCUCGUCAGACGACGUGUCCGUGACGAGCUGUUCGUUGCUGAACGACAACAACCCCAUCAUCACCCUCAGCAACGGCAAGAGUUAUAUAUACUGUAUGAAGCUGUGCGCCUGGGUGAUCUGGUCGGACGCGAGUGACCCGGUCCGUCGCGCGGGCGGCGGCGUGUGUCGCGCGCCCCGCGGACCUCAACACACACAACAACCUCCAACACAGAGGACGAUCAGGACACUCGUUAGCGCGCAGUCAUCUUCGGGCGCGUCCCGCUCGUGGCUGGAGGCGCAGCUGGCCGCCUGCCUGCAUCUACGAUUGGCGCCCGACUACAGGCACUGGCUCACCGCGCUCUUUGAACAUCUACUACAACAUGGUACUGAAGAACAGAUCCGACAGAUAUUGGAUGAAAUGCUCGGCCCCAGUCACUGUACGUCCACACCCAAGAAGUGGCAGAGUACUGUACUGGGAUUCAAGAAACACGAUCUUUUAGAAGAGAUGCUGUCCCUGUUAGUGAGGCAGCUCCGCUGGCAGAGACUGUACACCGAGUAUAAUGAUCAACUUAAAGCGUUGAGAGAAACCACGCUCGUGAAUGGCUACUGA